AUGGUGAAGGUGGGGCGCUGGUCGGUGCUGCUGCUGGAGGCGGGCGGCGCGCAGCCCGUGCUGACGGACAUCCCUGGCGCCGCGCCCACCGUGCGCAACGUGGCCACCGAGUGGCGGCUGCGCGCCGAGCACGACGCGCGCUUCUGCCGGGCCAUGCACGACCAGCGCUGCGCCGUCGUGGCCGGGCGCGUGCUGGGCGGCACCUCCACCAUCAACGGCAUGGUGUACGUGCGCGGCAACCGGCGUGACUACGACCACUGGCGCGACUUAGGCAACCCGGGCUGGGGCUGGGAAGACGUGCUUCCGUACUUCAAGAAGUCGGAGGACAUGCGCGUGAAAAAGUACCGCGGCGACAAGCGCCAUCACGCCACCGGCGGUCACCUCUCCAUCGAGGAGUACCGCUUCGCCUCGCCGCUCGUCGACCACCUGCUAAAGGCCGUUCAGCAACUGGGCUUCGACAUCUCCGACCACAACGACGAGGACCAGCGUGGCUUCGUCAGGUUCUACGGCACGGUGCGCGACGGCCUGCGCUGCAACAGCGCGAAGGCCUUCUUGCAGCCCGUCUGGCGCCGCCACAACCUGGACAUCGCGCUGCACUCUCGCGCCGACCGCGUGCUCAUCGACCCGGAUACUAAGCGUGCGUACGGCGUGGAGUUCACCCGUGACUACAAGACGCACACUGCGCUCGCCGACAAGGAGGUCAUCGUGUCCGCGGGCACGUUCCACUCACCGCAGCUACUCAUGCUGUCGGGUGUUGGUCCUCGUGAACAUUUAGAAGAAGUGGGCGUGUCUCCCGUGGUGGCGGACUUGAAGGUCGGGUACAAUCUGGAAGACCACAUUGCCUUAGGAGGGAACAUUUUCCUUUUGAAUCGCGGCACCAGCCUCGUUCUCCCUCGAUACUUAAAUCCCGUGGAUUUGAUCAACUUUCUUAUAAACACGCAAGGCCCCGCCAUGACCGGCGGCAUCGCGGAAGUGUUCGGCUUCUUUUCCACCAACCAUACCAGCGAUCCCGAGUGGCCCGACGUGGCCGUGUACUUCGAAUCCGUCACGGACAACAACGACGGCGGGGUGUACCUCAAGGACCUGAGCGGCAUCUCGGACGAUUUCUUCAGCGCGGUGUUCGAGCCGGUGCUGUACCAGGACGCGUUCGCCGCGCUGGGCACGCUGUUGCGACCGCACAGCCGCGGGCGCGUGCAGCUGCGUAGCGCCGACCCGCGCGCGCCGCCGCGCAUCCACCUCAACUACCUGGCGGACGAGCGCGACGUGCGCGCGCUGGUGGAGGCCGCUAAGUUUGCGCGGCGCGUCGCCGACACGCCGGCCUUUCAGCGGCUGGGCGCCCGCCCCAACCCGCGCCCGUUCCCGGCCUGCGCGAACGCCACCGGCGACGAGGACGCGUACCUCGAGUGUGCGCUGCGCGAGUACACCAUGAGCUUGUGGCACUAUGGCGGCACCUGCAAGAUGGGGCCAGCUUCCGACCCCGACGCCGUGGUAGACGCGCGCCUGCGCGUGCACGGGCUGCAGGGGCUGCGGGUGGCCGAUGUGUCUAUCACGCCCGUCGUCCCCUCGGGGAACACCAACGCGCCGGCCAUUAUGAUCGGGGAGAAGGCGGCUGAUAUGAUUAAGGAAGACUGGGGGCUGGAGACAAGAUGA